AUGGAUUCUGACGACGAGGACAUUCCCGUGGCCGAUAAAAGAUACGACUUCAUCGAGGACUGCGUUUUAAAAACCUUGAAGCUGAAGGGCGACCGCUGGCAAAAAUGCAUUUCGGUAGAGGAGCAGAAACAAGUGAUUCAGGACUUCUUGGAUAAAUCCGAAAUCACUACACUUGUCGUUUCCCUGAACGCUGCUGGACUGCUGGUGCCGAGCUCAAAAUUUCCAGCCACUGCUAAAAACAAAGCAGUUUAUUUCGUGAAACGGAAGAGCAAGGGGGCUCUUACUGUUGACACAAUGAAGAGCGAGUUAUUCUACGGGGACUUGUCCAACAACCUACUUGAGCAAUUUUCUGCGCUGGUUGAAGAAGUCGUGGUUCCGGUGCUGUCCAACGGCAGGAACCAUAACCAGUGGCCGCAGGUGGUGUCCCAGGACGUGUUGAGACAUAUCCACUCCCUGAAGAACACCGUGUUCGUGGCCUCGGGGCAGGUCAAGGGGAAGACACUGCUCCCCUUACCACUGGGCUCAGAGAGGGUGGAGCAGGCCGUGCUCGACCACAACAGGAGGGGUAGCUUGGUGGACAAGGGGAUAGUCCACUCCAUAGAGACGGUGGUGAUCGUCUGGAGCCAUCAGAUCCAGGAGGUGCUGAAGCGGGACUCAUCUGAAGCACUACAGGGGGGCAAGACGCCCACACCACACGAGGAGAUCACCUUCUGGAGGAACAGAUAUGCAGAUCUGGAGUGUAUCCAGGGCCAGUUCAGGUCCUCUAAAGUCUCCAAGAUGAUGGAGCUGCUGGAUACUAUGGAGAGCAGCUACUACCCCGCCUUCCACAACAUGUUUCAAGACGUCAACAGAGCCCUGGAGGAGGCUCGUGACAUCAACAUCCACCUGAAGCCAUUGGAGCGCCUCUUUGAGGACAUCGGUAACGCCGAGUUUAACGAGGUCAAGGGUCACGUGGCUCCGCUGAUGCACAUGGUGUGCCUGGUGUGGGCCCACUCCCGCCACUACAACACCCCCGCCAGGAUCAUCGUACUGCUACAGGAGACAUGCAACCUACUCAUACAACAGGCGCGCAGCUACUUGAACCCUGAGGACAUCCUAAAAGGGGAGGUGACGGAAAGUCUAGCUCGCGCCCAGACCACCCUGGACACCCUGCGACACCUAAAGAAUACCUUUGAGGACCGCCGGAGCUGCCUGAGCCAGUACGCCGCGAGAGCCGGGAAGGCGGAGGAGGAAGUGAAGCCCUGGGACUUCCUCCCCAUCAUGGUGUUCGCUCAGCUGGAUCGCUUCAUUGACCGACUGCAGACCAUUGAGACCCUGCUGCUGACGGCUGUGGACAUGAUGAAGUUGGAGAAGCUGGAGUUUGGGGGCAUCCGGGGCCGAGCGCUGAGCCAGCAGGUCCAGUGGCUGCAUGAGGACUUCAUGGAGAGGCUCAAGGUCCUCACCGACACACCCUACGACUGCCUGGACCUCGACAACAAGGAUUUUGAAAGUGAUGUGAAGCAGUUUCAAUGUAAAGUGGAGGACACCGAUCGCCGCCUGGGCGCCAUCUUCUGCCAAGCGUUUGAUGACGUCUCGGGUCUAGAGCAUGGCUUCAAGCUAUUAGACAUGUUUGGCAGCCUACUGGAGCGGCCGCUGGUCGCCUCCGAGGCUCAUGGGAAAUAUCCGCUCCUCAUCCGCAUGUACGACGGCGAGUUGGACCGCUGCAAACUGCUCUUCCGAAAACACACACAGACCAUGGAGACUGCGGGCUUUAGUGGUGUGAACAAGAACAUGCCCCUAGUGGCCGGGGGACUGCAGUGGGCACGACAACUACAGGAGAGAAUCCAGAUCCCAUUUCAUAACUUCAGAUACAUCACACACCCGUGUAUGGAGUCAACUGAUGGCCAGAGGAUGAUCCAGAAACACCAUGAGCUACUGCAGAUGCUGAAGAGGUACUGUGCGCAGCUGUAUGAGCAGUGGAGUGCAUCAGUGGGAGAGAAGUCCCAGUACAACCUCAGCCAACCGCUAAUCUACAGAGACCCAGCUACCAGGCUUAUAUCGGUUAACUUCAACCCACAGUUGGUGUCGGUGUUGCGGGAGGUGAAAUAUCUGGAGUCGCAGCAGGAGCAGGCGGAGGUCAUCCCUGAUACGGCAGCAGACAUCUACGCACGCAAGGACCUGAUAUGGCAAUAUGUGGCCAACCUAGAACUCACCACCGGCUGGUACAACAAGGUGAUGCGGUCUGUUCUGGAGGUGGAGUUUCCACUGAUCCGGGAUCAGCUGAGGGACAUUGACGAGCAGCUGAGGGAAGCAGAGCAGAGCAUGAACUGGAACUACAAGGGUAUCUGGGAGUACAUCCAGAUGUUGAGGGACAUGGUGCGAGCCCUUGAGGUCAGCCUGCAGAGGACCAAGGACAAUGUGGAAGAGAUACAGGCCAUCAUGAAGGGUUGGGUGACCCCCAUCUUUGAGAGGCGCGAGGGUAAGAAGGACAGCCUGCUGAGCCUGGAGGACAGGCCCGAGCGGCUGGACAAGUGCUACGCACAUAUGCGGGAGGACGGCGUCAAAAUACACUCUCUGGUUCAGAGAAAUCUGGAGCUGUUCAAGGCCAGCCCAUCGUCUCCAGAGUGGAGGGCCUAUGUUGACUACAUAGACGAGAUGGUCAUCGAUGGCUUCUUCAACAGUAUCGAAAGUUCCCUCAAGUUCUUCCUUGACAACACAGACCAGAGGGCUGGGCUGGCGCCGCUGUUUGAGGCCCAGUUGGACCUGCAGCCUCCUGACAUGGUGUUCCGUCCCUCGCUGGAGUUCGGGGCGGCUGACGGCUUCUACGACCUGGUGGAGGGCCUGGUCAACGACGUGUACCGCACCUCUUCCUUGGUGCCGCGCCUGGCCGAGCACAGCACAUUCCCACACUACCAGGCGGACAUGGAGGACAUGGCAGACCUGGCGGACCUGCGGCAGCUCCUGACUGAGCGCGUGCAAGCGGUGGCGGCCCGUUGCUGCGACCUGCGCGACAGUCACGAGCGCUACGCGUACCUGUACGUAGACGACAGGAAGGAGUUCAUGCGGCAGUUCCUCUUGUACGGCCACGCCCUGACCGGAGAGGAGAUCGAGGCCCACGCAGAGGACGGGGUCCCAGAGACACCGCCCACACUGGAGAGCUUCAGAGAACAGGUGGACCAGUAUGAGCGUGUGUACGAGGAGGUGCUUCAGCUGGAGCCGGUGCACGUGGUGAGCGGCUGGAUGCGCCUGGACGCCCGCGCCUUCAAGAGCGCCCUGCUCAACACCGUCAAGAAGUGGAGCCUCAUGUUCAAGCAGCACCUCAUAGACCACGUCACCAACAGCCUGUCUGACCUGGAGGGCUUCAUCCAGGUGGCGGGUGCGGGGCUGAGCAGGGGCGUGUCGGAGGGCGACUACGGUGGCCUGGUGGAGGUCAUGGGUCACCUGCUGGCCGUCAGGGAGCGCCAGAGCACCACAGACCAGAUGUUCGAACCCUUACAGCAGACCAUCGACCUGCUCAAGACAUACGAACAGGAGAUGCCCGACGUCGUCUACAAGCAACUGGAGGAGCUGCCUGAGCGGUGGGCUAACCUGAAGAAGCAGGCGGUGGUGGUGAAGCAGCAUGUGGCUCCCCUGCAGGCCAACGAGGUGGCUAGCCUCCGCCGCAGGUGCACCUCCUUUGAUGUGGAGCAGCAUGCCUUCAGAGAGGACUUCAGGAACAACGGACCAUUCAGGUUUGAUUCAGAGAGCCCCUAUCAGAUGCUGGACACGGCCCACAGGCAGAUCCUGGAGAAGGAGAACACCAUGGCAACACUAGUGGAGUCGGCGAGCCUGUUUGAGGUCAACAUCUCAGACUACCGUCAGCUGCGCCAGUGUCGUCGCGAGGUGUCCCUGCUGAAGGAGCUGUGGGACCUGGUGGCCGUGGUGCAGUCCAGCCUGGCUGCCUGGAGGACCACGCGCUGGAGGGACAUCAACACAGACGACAUGGACCUGGAGCUCAAGAGGCUCAGCAAGGACUUACGCGGCCUGGACAAGGAGGCCCGAUCCUGGGACGCCUUCCUAGGACUGGACGCCACCUUGAAGAACACUUUGACAUCGCUGCGGGCGGUGGCGGAGCUCCAGAACCCAGCGAUCCGGCCUCGUCACUGGCACCAGCUGAUGACGGCCACAGGCGUGCGGUUCUCCAUGGACCCGGCCAGAACCACACUGGCGGACCUGCUCAGCCUGGAGCUACACCGCUUUGAGGACGAGGUGCGGGGUAUCGUGGACCGGGCGGUCAAGGAGAUGGCGAUGGAGAAGGUUCUGACGGAGCUGGACUCCACCUGGACCGGGUUGGCCUUCGCCUACGAGCCGCACCCUCGCACCGCCGUCCCGCUGGUCAAGUCCGAUGAGGAGCUGAUUGAGACGCUGGAGGACAACCAGGUGCAGCUGCAGAACAUGUUGUCGUCUAAGCACAUCGCCCACUUCCUGGAGGAGGUGUCGUCGUGGCAACGUCGUCUCUCCACGGCGGACGCAGUCAUCUCUAUCUGGUUCGAGGUGCAACGUACCUGGUCGCACCUGGAGAGCAUCUUCAUCGGAUCAGAGGACAUCCGCUCUCAACUGCCAGAGGACUCCGUUCGUUUUGACGGCAUCGACACAGAUUUCAAACGGCUGGCAAACGAGACCCACAAAACGCCGAACAUCAUCGAGGCCACUAACAAGCCGGGACUCUUCAAUAAACUGGAGAACAUUCAGGGCAGGUUGGCCCUGUGUGAGAAGGCGUUGGCUGAGUAUCUGGACACUAAGCGUCUGGCCUUCCCUCGCUUCUACUUCAUCUCCUCAGCCGACCUGCUGGACAUCUUGUCCAACGGCACUGACCCACACCAGGUCCAGAGACACCUGUCCAAGCUGUUCGACAACGUUGCUAAGUUGAAGUUCGACGCGGAGCCCAAUGGAGGGGGAGGGGAUGGGGCUGGCAAGUCCAAGACGGGCAUCGGAAUGUUCAGCAAGGAAGACGAAUGUGUUCCAUUCAGCAGACCGUGUGACUGCACCGGACAGGUGGAGGUGUGGCUGAAUCGCGUGCUGGACACCAUGAGGGACACUGUACGCCAUGAGAUGACUGAAGCUGUCGUGACCUACGAGGACAAGCCCAGAGAACAGUGGCUAUUCGACUACCCCGCACAGGUCGCGCUGACCUGCACCCAGAUCUGGUGGACCAUGGACGUGGGCAUGGCCUUCUCCCGGCUGGAGGAGGGCUACGAGAACGCCAUGAAGGAGUACUACAAGAAGCAGGUGGGCCAGCUGAACGCCCUCAUCACGCUGCUGAUUGGCCAGCUGACGCCCGGCGACCGGCAGAAGGUCAUGACCAUCUGCACCAUCGACGUCCACGCCAGAGACGUGGUGGCCAAGGUCAUCGCCCAGAAGGUGGAGAACUCCCAGGCGUUCGUGUGGCUGUCCCAGUUGAGGCACCGCUGGGAUGACCAGGACAGACAUUGCUAUGCCAACAUCUGCGAUGCCCAGUUCCUCUACUCCUACGAGUACCUCGGCAACACCCCUCGCCUCGUCAUUACGCCACUCACAGACAGAUGCUACAUCACCCUGACCCAGUCCCUCCACCUGACCAUGAGCGGGGCGCCAGCUGGGCCGGCCGGCACGGGGAAGACGGAGACCACCAAGGACCUGGGCCGAGCGCUCGGCAUCAUGGUCUAUGUAUUCAACUGCUCCGAACAGAUGGACUACAAGUCGUGUGGUAACAUCUAUAAAGGCUUGGCCCAGACGGGUGCGUGGGGCUGCUUUGAUGAGUUCAACCGCAUAUCUGUGGAGGUCCUGUCAGUGGUGGCGGUACAGGUCAAGAGUAUCCAGGACGCCAUCCGGGACCGUAAGAAGCGUUUCAACUUCAUGGGAGAGGAGGUGAACCUGGUGCCCUCAGUAGGCAUCUUCAUCACCAUGAACCCUGGGUACGCAGGCAGGACAGAACUGCCGGAGAACCUCAAAGCCCUGUUCAGGCCAUGUGCGAUGGUGGUGCCGGACUUCGAGCUGAUCUGUGAGAUCAUGCUAGUAGCAGAAGGCUUCAUGGAGGCCCGACUGCUCGCCAGGAAGUUCAUCACCCUGUACCAGCUCUGCAAGGAACUACUCUCCAAACAGGACCAUUAUGAUUGGGGUCUGCGUGCCAUCAAGUCCGUCCUGGUGGUGGCUGGCUCCCUGAAGCGCGGUGACCCGGGCCGGGCCGAGGACCAGGUGCUGAUGCGAGCGCUGAGAGACUUCAACGUGCCCAAGAUCGUGACGGACGACAUGCCCGUCUUCAUGGGGCUGAUCGGGGACCUGUUCCCUGCUCUGGAUGUGCCCAGGAAGAGGGACAUGGACUUUGAGAAGGUGGUCAAGCAGUCGGUGCUGGACCUGAAGCUGCAGGCCGAGGACAACUUUGUACUGAAGGUGGUCCAGCUUGAGGAGUUGUUGGCGGUGCGCCACUCGGUGUUCGUGGUCGGCAACGCUGGCACGGGCAAGUCUCAGGUGCUGCGCUCGCUCAGCAAGACCUAUAGCAACAUGCGGCGCCGACCCGUCUGGGCCGACCUCAACCCCAAAGCGGUCACCAACGACGAGCUGUUUGGCAUCAUCAACCCCGCCACCCGCGAGUGGAAGGACGGUCUGUUCUCCAGUAUUAUGCGUGAGAUGGCCAAUAUCACCCACAGCGGCCCGAAGUGGAUUGUGCUGGACGGAGAUAUCGAUCCAAUGUGGAUAGAGUCUUUGAACACCGUCAUGGACGAUAACAAGGUCUUGACUCUGGCCAGUAAUGAGCGCAUCCCUCUCAACCCGACCAUGAGGCUGCUCUUCGAGAUCAGUCAUCUACGCACCGCUACCCCUGCUACCGUCUCCAGAGCUGGUAUCCUGUAUAUAAACCCUGCUGAUCUGGGUUGGAACCCCCCUGUGUCCAGCUGGAUUGACAGCCGGGAGGUCCAAUCAGAGAAGGCCAACUUGACUAUUCUGUUUGACAAGUACCUCCCACCGUGCCUGGAGACACUGAGGACAAGGUUUAAGAAGAUCAUCCCUAUCCCGGAGCAGAGUCAGGUGCAGAUGUUGUGCUACCUCCUGGAGUGUCUGCUGACCCCCGAGCACACGCCGCCCGACUGCCCCAAGGAGCUCUACGAACUCUACUUCGCCUUUGCUGCCAUAUGGGCCUUUGGGGGAGCCAUGUUCCAGGACCAGCUGGUGGACUACAGGGUGGAGUUCAGCAAGUGGUGGGUUUCGGAGUUCAAGAGCAUCAAGUUCCCGUCGCAGGGCACAGUGUUUGACUACUACAUCGACCCCGACACCAAGAAGUUCGAACCCUGGGCCAAGAUGGUGCCCAAGUUCGAAAUGGACCCGGACAUUCCUCUGCAGGCGUGCCUGGUGCCGACCUCAGAGACGGUGCGGGUGCGCUACUUCCUGGAUCGGUUGCUAGAGCGACGGCGUCCCAUCAUGCUCGUGGGCAGCGCGGGGACGGGCAAGUCGGUGCUGGUGGGCGACAAGCUGAGUUCUCUGGACCCGGACAAGUACGCCAUCAAGAACGUGCCCUUUAACUACUACACCACCUCCGCCAUGCUGCAGGCGGUCCUGGAGAAGCCCUUGGAGAAGAAGGCGGGGAGGAACUAUGGUCCCCCGGGCAACAAACGCCUCAUCUACUUCAUAGACGACUUGAACAUGCCCGAGGUGGACGCAUACGGCACCGUGCAGCCACACACACUCAUAAGACAACACAUGGACUACAACCACUGGUAUGACAGGGGUAAGCUGCAGCUUAAGGAGGUCCACAGUGUGCAGUACAUGGCCUGCAUGAACCCCACAGCCGGCAGCUUCACCAUCAACCCUCGACUGCAGAGACACUUCUCGGUGUUUGCUCUCUGCUUCCCCGGUGCUGACGCGCUGCAGACCAUCUACACCAGCAUCCUGGGCCAGCACCUGAGGGGGGAGGGCUUUGGGGCGGGGCUUCAGAAGGCCGCCGCCCACCUGGUGCAGCUGGCGUUGGCUCUUCAUCAGCGCGUCACGGCAACCUUCCUGCCGACCGCCAUCAAGUUCCACUACACCUUCAACCUGCGCGACCUCUCCAACAUAUUCCAGGGCAUCCUGUUCUGCGGUAGCGAGUGUCUGAAGGCUCCUCAGGACCUGCUGAAGAUCUUCCUCCACGAGUCCAACCGUGUCUACAGAGACAAGAUGGUGGAGGAGAGCGAUCAGAACACCUUCGACAAGCUGCAGACCGACACCGCCAGGAAGUUUUAUGAGGACAUGGAGGAUGUAAUACAUGAGUCCCAGGUGAUGAAUAUGUAUUGCCACUUUGCGGGGGGCAUGGGGGAGCCCCGCUACGGUGCCGUGGAGUCCUGGGGGGCCCUGAACAAGACCCUGCUGGAGGCCCUGGACGGAUACAACGAGGUCAACGCAGCCCUCAACCUGGUGCUCUUCGAGGACGCCAUGUGUCACAUUUGCCGUAUUAACCGUAUCCUGGAGUCUCCGCGUGGUAAUGCGCUGCUGGUGGGGGUGGGGGGCAGCGGCAAGCAGAGUCUGACCAGGCUGGCCGCCUUCAUCAGCUCCCUGGAGGUCUUCCAGAUCACGCUCAAGAAGGGAUACGGCAUCCCCGACCUCAAGAGUGACCUGGGCUCCCUGUACAUCAAGGCGGGGGUGAAGAACGUGGGGAUGGUGUUCCUGAUGACAGACGCCCAGGUGGCCGACGAGAAGUUCCUCGUGCUCCUCAACGACCUCCUGGCAUCAGGUGAGAUCCCGGACCUGUUUCCUGAUGACGAGGUGGAGGGCAUCAUCAGUAGUGUCAGGAAUGAGGUGCGGGGCCAGGGCCUCAUGGACACCAGGGACAACUGCUGGAGGUUCUUCAUCGACCGCGUACGCAGACGCCUCAAGGUGGCGCUGUGCUUCUCCCCGGUGGGCAGCACUCUGCGCGUGCGGAGCAGGAAGUUCCCUGCGAUGGUGAACUGCACGGCCAUCGACUGGUUCCACGAGUGGCCACAGGAGGCGCUGGAGAGCGUCAGCCUGCGCUUCCUGCAAGAGGUCGACAACAUACAGCCCGAGGUGAAGGAGUCGGUGAGCAAGUUCAUGGCAUACGUCCACGUGAGCGUGAACCAGACGUCCAAGAGUUACCUUGGCAACGAGCGGCGCUACAACUACACCACACCCAAGUCCUUCCUGGAGCAGAUCAAACUGUACCGCCACCUGUUGGAGCUGAAGAGUAAAGACCUGCUGAGCAAGAUGGAACGCCUGGAGAACGGCCUGGAGAAACUCAACAGCACCUCCGCACAGGUGGACGACCUAAAGGCCAAGCUGGCGGCUCAGGAGGUGGAGCUGAAACAGAAGAACGAGGACGCUGAUAAGCUGAUCCAGGUGGUUGGCGUGGAGACGGAGAAGGUGACUCGUGAGAAGGCGGUGGCGGACGAGGAGGAGGGGAAGGUGGCCGUCAUCGCGGUGGAGGUAGCACGCACCCAGAAGGACUGUGAGGAAGACCUGGCCAAGGCAGAGCCAGCACUCAUUGCAGCGCAGGAGGCAUUAAAUACACUCAAUAAGAACAACCUGACUGAGCUGAAGUCAUUCGGCUCUCCCGUGGUGGCGGUGACCAACGUGACUGCUGCGGUGAUGGUGCUGAUGGCCCCUAAUGGCCGCGUGCCCAAGGACCGCAGCUGGAAGGCGGCCAAGGUGAUGAUGGCCAAGGUGGAUGCUUUUCUGGACUCCCUGGUGAACUUCAACAAGGAGAACAUCCCGGAGCCCUGCCUGAAGGCCAUCCAGCCGUACCUCCAGGACCCCGAGUUCCAGCCGGAGCUAGUGGCUUCCAAGUCCUAUGCUGCCGCAGGGCUGUGCUCAUGGGUCAUCAACAUAGUACGCUUCUACCAGGUGUACUGUGAGGUGGAGCCCAAGAGGCAAGCCCUAAACAAGGCCAACGCAGAGCUGGCUGCGGCCCAGGAGAAACUGGCAGCCAUCAAGGCCAAAAUCAAUCACCUUAAUGAGAACUUGGCGAAGCUGACGUCUAAGUUUGAGAAGGCGACGGCAGACAAGCUCAAGUGCCAACAGGAGGCGGAAUCUACCGCGCGCACCAUCUCCCUCGCCAACCGCUUGGUUGGAGGCCUGGCAUCGGAGAAUGUGCGCUGGGCGGAGGCGGUGGGCAGCUUCCGUGUGCAGGGCAGCACCCUGUGUGGAGACGUGCUGCUCAUCACAGCCUUCGUGUCCUACCUGGGCUACUUCACCAAGAGAUACAGGGUACAGCUCAUGGACCACACCUGGAGGCCCUACCUCAGCCAACUCAAGGUUCCCAUCCCCGUGACCCCUGACCUCGACCCGCUGACCAUGCUGACGGACGAUGCUGACGUGGCAAUGUGGCAGAACGAGGGUCUCCCCGCCGACCGCAUGUCCACCGAGAACGCCACCAUCCUCACCAGCUGCGAACGCUGGCCACUCAUGGUCGACCCCCAGCUGCAGGGUGUCAAAUGGAUCAAGAACAAAUACGGAGAAGACCUGCGAGUUAUUAGGAUAGGCCAGAGAGGCUAUUUGGACUCCAUAGAGAGGGCGUUGGCCGCAGGCGAGGUAGUUCUGAUUGAGAAUCUAGAGGAGACGGUGGACCCGGUGCUUGGACCUUUGCUUGGCCGCGAGACCAUCAAAAAGGGCAGGUACAUCAAAAUCGGAGACAAGGAGUGUGAGUACAACCCGAGCUUCCGGCUGAUCCUGCACACCAAGCUGGCCAACCCACACUACCAGCCGGAGCUGCAGGCCCAGUGCACGCUGGUCAACUUCACGGUCACCAGGGACGGCCUGGAGGACCAGCUGCUGGCCGCCGUCGUCAGCAUGGAGAGACCAGACUUGGAGGAACUCAAGUCGAACCUCACCAAGCAACAGAAUGGAUUCAAGAUCACUCUGAAGACACUGGAGGACAGCCUCCUCUCCCGGCUCUCCUCGGCUUCCGGAAACUUCCUUGGGGACACCGAGCUGGUGGAAAACCUGGAGACCACCAAACGCACCGCGGCGGAGAUCGAAGAGAAGGUGAAAGAGGCGAAAGUUACGGAGGUGCAAAUCAACGAGGCGCGUGAGCACUACAGGCCGGCCGCGGCCCGCGCCUCCCUCCUCUACUUCAUCAUGAACGACCUGAACAAGAUCCACCCCAUGUACCAGUUCUCACUCAAGGCCUUCAGCGUGGUGUUCCAGAAGGCGGUAUCCAAGGCGACGGCUGAUGAGGUUCUAAAACAACGUGUCUGCAACCUCAUUGAGAGCAUCACCUUCUCGGUCUACCAGUACACCACACGAGGACUCUUCGAAUGCGACAAACUCACAUACAUCGCACAACUAGUGUUUCAGAUCCUGCUAAUGAAUAAGGAGAUAAAUCCCACUGAGCUUGACUUCCUGUUGCGCUACCCCGUGCAGCCCGGCGUCACGUCCCCCAUCGACUUCCUGUCCAACCACAACUGGGGCGGCAUCAAGGCCUUGUGUUCCAUGGAGGAGUUCCGCAACCUGGAUCGCGACAUCGAGGGUUCUGCCAAGCGCUGGAAGAAGCUGGUGGAGUCCGAGUGUCCGGAGAAGGAGAAGUUCCCUCAGGAGUGGAAGAAUAAGACCCCACUGCAGAGACUCUGCAUGCUGAGGGCACUACGGCCAGACAGAAUGACAUACGCCGUCAGGGACUUCGUUGAGGAGAAGCUGGGGAGCCAGUAUGUUCUGGGUCGAUCGCUGGAUUUCGCCGUGUCCUUUGAGGAGUCCGGAGCCGCCACACCCAUGUUCUUCAUCCUCUCGCCCGGCGUAGACCCCCUCAAGGAUGUGGAGAAACACGGCCGUAAGCUAGGCUAUACCUUUGACAACAAGAACUUCCAUAACGUAUCCCUGGGCCAAGGGCAGGAGGUGGUGGCGGAGCAGGCCCUCGACCUGGCGGCACGCGAAGGACACUGGGUCAUAUUACAGGUAGAGAAACACCCACACUGGGUCAUAUUACAGGUAGAGAAACACCCACACUGGGUCAUAUUACAGGUAGAGAAACACCCACACUGGGUCAUAUUACAGGUAGAGAAACACCCACCUGGCAGCUCCUGCCUCUCGUCCGUGUUGGAGCUUGCCGUGCCGUGUGCAAGCCACCCCACACCACUCAGCACCUGUACUGAAUGCUAA